UAAAGUAAAAUAAAUUUGGAAAUCUGGAUGAGGGGAUGAAGAAUUACAAAUGAUAUCAGGUGAAAUGGCAGCUGAAGUGCCAAACAUUAAACUGAAAAUUGAUCCUCAAGAUCUUCAGAUCCAGACAUUUACAGUGAGGAAGUUGCUGGAGCCAUUGAUUAUUCAGGAUCUAUCUGUGCUGGCUCCAGACACUCAAAAGAAAGAUUGUAUCCAUUUAGCAAGUCACUUAACCUCUUCUGUUGUGCAAAAAAAAGAGUACAUUCCAUUAUAUCUAAUGGAAUUCAGUCUGUCUAGGCUCUUGCACAAUGAUAUUCAAAUAAAUAUUGAAGUGGGGCUGCAUUACAAAUAGAGUUCCAAUGCAUGAAAGAUAGUAAAUGGAAAAUAGAAAAUGAGGGUAUGUGCAGGUGUUACACUUAGAUUGACUUAACCAGGGUUAGGUUUACCUAGGUGCUGAACUGUAUACAAGUCCAGGGAAGUUAGAUCUGGCAAAAACUGGCCACCUGAUCUAACUUAAUUCACUUAUAUGCAGACUUUACCUUUAGAUUGACUUAACUUUAUAUGUAGACCCACUAGCCUCCCCCAACCCUAACUUACAUUGUGUUCCCAGUGCAGUGCCUGGUGCUGGUGAAUGUGUGCACAUGUGGGACCUGAUCUAUAAUUACAUGGCUUAAAGUGAGCCACAAGAUUGCAGAUUAGAUCUUGGAAGCCCAGCUUCUCACCCCAGGACUGGGCCUAUGCUUUUCCUACCCUGCCUCAAACCUGACCGGGCUAUCUUUUUAACCAUCUGACUCCUUCGUGCCUAGACAGACAACUCCUUCCCUAUGGACCUGACAGGAUUAGGGGUCCUAACAACUCCCCUUGUGGACCCGCAGGCCCUCCCAAUCCCACCAACUCUCUCCUGGAGACCUGCUAGCCCCCACAAUCCUGCCACCCCCUCUUGGGACUCACUACCCACCCUUGAUCCUGCUAACCCCACCCCCCACCCCAACUUACUUAGAUCUGGCUCCUGGCACCAGCACACAUCUGUACAAGGCACCCAAUGUACAAUCAUGCCGC